AUGGUAGAGGUGGGCCUCCAGGACAGCUUGUUCUCUUCGGAAAAUGACAACAGCCUCUACUUCACCUACAGUGGCCAGUCUAACACCCUGGAGGUUCGAGACCUCAGCUACCAGGUGAAUAUGGCCUCCCAGGUGCCUUGGUUUGAGGCUUUGACUCAGUUAAAGGUGCCUUGGAUGUCACACAAAAGCCGGGACUCUUGUGAGCUGAGCAUACAGAAUCUAAACUUCAAAGUAAAAAGUGGGCAGAUGCUGGCCAUCAUCGGGAGUUCAGGCUGUGGGAGGGCCUCCUUGCUGGAUGUGAUCACGGGACGAGGCCACGGAGGCAAGAUCAAGUCGGGGCAGAUCUGGAUCAAUGGACAGCCCAGCACGCCAGAGCUGGUGAGGAAGAGUGUGGCCCACGUGCGCCAGCACGACCAGCUGCUGCCCAACCUGACCGUCCGCGAGACCCUGACCUUCGUCGCACGGCUGCGCCUGCCCAGAACCUUCUCCCAGGCUGAGCGUGACAAAAGGGUGGACGACGUGAUCGCGGAGCUGCGGCUGCGGCAGUGUGCCAACACGCGUGUGGGUAAUGAGUACCUACGUGGAGUGUCAGGUGGCGAGCGAAGGAGAGUCAGCAUUGGGGUGCAGCUCCUGUGGAACCCAGGCAUCCUGAUUCUGGAUGAGCCCACGUCGGGGCUGGACAGCUUCACGGCCCACAACCUGGUGAGGACCUUGGCCAGGCUGGCCAGAGGCAACAGGCUGGUGCUCAUCUCCCUCCACCAGCCCCGCUCGGACAUCUUCCAGCUUUUUGACCUAGUUCUCCUGAUGACGUCUGGCACCACCAUUUACUUAGGCGCAGCCCAGGACAUGGUCCAGUAUUUCACGGAGAUCGGCCACCCCUGCCCUCGCUACAGCAACCCUGCUGAUUUCUAUGUGGACUUGACCAGCAUCGACAGACGCAGCCAAGAGCAGGAAGCGACCACCAGGGAGAAGGCUCAGUCACUGGCAGCCUUGUUUCUAGACAAAGCGCGUGCCUUUGAUGGCUAUCUAUGGAGAGCCCAGGACCUCGGCAGUGGCCCCUGUGCAGAGAGCCCAGCCUGCCCGCAGGACCCCAGCCAACUCCCCUCGUCCAUGGCCUCAGAACCCCGGCUGCCUGGAGCCACCCAGCAGUUUGCCACGCUGAUCCGACGUCAGAUCUCCAAUGAUUUCCGAGACCUGCCCACCCUUCUCAUCCACGGAGCAGAGGCCUGUUUGAUGUCGCUGAUCAUUGGGUUCCUCUACUUCGGCCACGGGGCCACCAAGCUCUCCUUCAUGGACACAGCAGCCCUCUUGUUCAUGACUGUCGCGCUCAUCCCUUUCAACGUGAUCCUGGAUGUCAUCGCUAAAUGUCACUCGGAGAGGGCCAUGCUGUACCAUGAACUGGAGGAUGGACUGUACACCGCGGGCCCUUAUUUCUUUGCCAAGAUCCUGGGGGAGCUCCCGGAGCACUGCGCUUACAUCCUCAUCUACGGGAUGCCCACGUACUGGCUGGCCAACUUGCAGCCCAGACCUGAGCCCUUCCUGCUGCACUUCCUGCUGGUGUGGCUGGUGGUCUUCUGCUGCCGGGUCAUGGCCCUGUUCAUCGCUGCCUUGCUGCCCACCUUCCACAUGUCCUCCUUCUUCGGCAAUGCUGUCUACAACUCCUGCUACCUCACGGGGGGCUUCAUGAUAAGCUUGGACAACCUGUGGACAGUGCCCUCAUGGAUUUCCAAGGUGUCCUUCCUCCGCUGGUGCUUUGAAGGGCUGAUGCAGAUUCACUUUAAAGGACACACGUACUUCCUGGAGGUUGGCAACCUCACCAUCUCCAUCCCAGGAGAUAAGAUCAUCCAGAGCAUGAACCUGGACUCCUACCCGCUCUUCGCGAUCUACCUCAUCCUCAUCGCCAUCAGCUGUGGCUUCAUCAUCCUGUACUAUAUGGCCUUAAAGUUCAUCAAACAAAAGUCGAGACAAGACUGGUGA